AGCGUGUUGCGAUGGUAACGGACAACACACCGGACAAGAGCCGUUAAACAGGGUCGAGAUGUCGCAGCUGGAUGUCGACGGUUUUCCAGUUGCGUGGAAAGAUCCAGAGGAUGCAGACACAGUAUCAAUGUUUGAUGUGAUUUACGGCAAAGUGAGAGAGAAGAUCAUCCUGCAGCGGCUGAUAAUGAUUUCUCGGCUCCCCCACGACCUUGCUGAUAGGACAGACCUGGGAGCUCAUUAUGAAAAUCUCAACUUUCAGCUGAACAAACAGUACAUAUGGGAUCACAUAACAGGCCUGCUGCUUAUUUAUCCAUCCUACCUGCUGCACAUCAUUGAAUCGUCCAGGGAUAUUCUGACUUCUGUUUUGAGAGACGUCAAAGUCAUGCAACAACAGCCACACCGCACCUUGCUGGAAGUAAAGAUUUUGUUUUUGGAUCACAACCCUCAAAGAAGGCUGUUCCAGCAGUGGAGCUACAAGGUGCUGGGUGCAGAUCAGGUGAUCAGGGAUCCUGCAGUUAAGGUACUGGAGGAUGAAGAAGUCAGCAUAGAGACCCUUGUAUGCAGUGUCCUGUCAACGCUGCAAAAUCUGAGCAAAAAGCUUGAAAAAUCUAAGGCUCUUCCCGGGUCAGUGUUGGAUGAGACGCCGGAGCUGAUCGUCCAUCAGAAAAUUCUGGAAAGGCUUUUGGGUCGAGAGGAACUCCUGAGCCCGCAGCAGUACUUAGAUAUGUACAAAUCCACCUUAAACAUCAGUAUGGAGUUUGGACAACUGAAUCCAAGAAACCUUUUCUCUGCUGUUUAACCUCCUGAACAAAAUGUCAAAGGCCACAUAUUUUACAUCCUGGACAUCUUAAAGAACUCAGUGACUCACUUCCAUUUCACCAAGCUGAUGAUUUGUUUGUUUAUUUAUCCAGAUUUGAAACAAAUGCCUUUGUUUGUACUAAAUCCAGCACCAGCAACUUUAUACAGAAUCAGAGGCUGACUUUUUCCCUGUAGACUGUUUUUUGUUCCUACACUGAAAAUAUUUGCUGCACUUGCUGUUCACUUAUUCUAAUGAUACUUGUGGUCGUCAGACAUCCUCUGCUUUUCCUGUCUUUUAGGAUAAAUAGUACGUGUCCAAAAGAUCCAUUCACUCUUUGCUUCCCUUUUAUUGUCUGUGUAGCUAGCCAUGUAUUGCGAUCUAAUAGAGUUUGUUUGUUUUCCCAUUCUAAAAUAAAGACAUAUUCAAAAAAUACAUUACUUAUGUCUUGCAACAAGUUUUUGUAUUAUAACAAUCCAGUCACGUGCAAAUUGUCAUGUGUCACAGUACAGUGAUCCACUACAUCCUCAAUUAAUAAAUGCCAAUAAAUGAAAUGCUAGCAUUCUGCUAAUGUGCACAUACUUGUGUUCAGUUAAAGAUUUAUAAGGGCACUUCCUUGAAUCUGGAUCAGUUAAACCAGAUUAGAAGCUUUCAUGUGUGUAUAAGAAGCCGGUGCUUAUGCAGGUUAACAAGGACACUUAAGGCUUGAUUAUACUUUCUGCAUCUGUGUGUCUGCCUUGGUUUGAAUGACAUCGUGAAACUGAUCACAUGGGUUCGUCUGGACUUCUGUGUGCCUCCCAUCUUUUUGCGACCAUAAACUUGUAGGCAGAGAAUUUACUUUACAACACAGCAGCUGCAGGUGGUGGAGGUCAUGCUUGGCUGUGGUGUCUGCAGCUGUCCAUGUUCCUUAAAUCACAAUGGCAGAUGCUGUAAAGAGGCUCCUGAUGCUGUGGUGUCCCGAACACUCACAGGAAGCUGUUUUACUACAGUCAUAGGAGUCUUCAUGUUUUGUCUUGAGCUCUUCUAAUAAAAACGUGAAGUAAAAAUUUACCUACAAAGUUUCCAGUUUUUGUUCUAUAGUUCAGCUGAAGAGUAUCUUACAGGCUCCCUGAAACCGGACAUCGGUGAGCGGGAGUGAUAUUAGAAGUUCUCUGAAAUACCCCGUGAGGAUUUAAAUGUCCUUUUUCAUCUGUUGUACUUGCCUGAAAUAUUUUUUGCACUCCUGAUAUUUCAGAAAGCCUUUCUGUCAUCAGUUACACCGAUUUAAAUGACAGUUGUCUGGAACAAAAAGCACAGAACAUCCGAGUAAUAUAAAAAAAAACAUUUUAAUAGUUUCAACAUUCGGAUGAGGAUUAAUUUAAUUUUUUUCUCAUUUUUAUCUUACACUGUGUUCCACUUGGUGACUGAGAGAAAGCAAGUCCAAGAAAAGGCAUUUCAUCUGUACUCCAAACUUUAAAGAGUCCACAGCAUCACUACAGUUUGACACAAAGAACUUUUUAAAAAAAGAUUCCUUGAUCGAUCACGUUUUCCCUUUUUGUUUUGGCCCCCGUUACUUGGAACUUAAAGUUAUGCAAAGAAAAGGAUGAAUGGAGAUGGCUGCAUGCACCACAGUGUAAUCUACAGACUGCACGGGUCCACGUGACCCUACACGUCACAGUUUGUUUCUCAUUUGUAGAUGUUUUCAGCAGAUGUUCAGUCCUCUGAAAGUGAAUUAUUCUGUCUUUUCCUCCAUGUUGUUUCAUUGUUGAUCUGUUUUGAGUCUGAUGUGCUUUUCUUGAUUUGCUAUAGAUAAAACCAGUGGAACAUACGAGGAUACGUGGUGAAAGCAAAUAGGAAAUCAUGAAUGAUUUAAAUAAACUGUUGGCAGAACUGAUGGGGGAGCUUGACUCAAAAAGGUCAAAGGGCAGCACUGAAUUUUCUUCUUUUUUUGCAAAGGUCGAUCUAUUCACUUAUAAAAAAUAAAUACAAGCACAUUUAAAUAGGACCAAAGAUGUGACGCAUUUCAUAGGCAUGGAUAAAAAGCAUGCUUCCGAGUUCCACACAGCACAAUGUCGAUAUUUGAUACCCCUGCACACUCUUACUCUUGAAACUAUGUCACAACACACACAAUCCGCCUUUAUCACAACCUAUGAGGUGGACAAUGUCUAUCAGUACAUUCCACCGAUGUAAAAAAAGGCCUUCGAAGUUUAGUGCUCAAAGGGCAUGCUUGCAAAAGCUGCAAUACUGAAAACUGUCUCUGGAAUCUCUUGCCGGCUGUCUUUGCUCGACUGGGUUAUUGUUAAUAAAGUCGUGUUUGACGUGUUCUGUAUGUACAGGCUUUGAUCUGAGACCCUUUAGUACAAAAACGAAGAGCAGCACAUUGUAACACAGAAACAAAGACAGGACAGACCAUUCACCUCAGCACAGCCUAACUGCAACAGCAAAUUUGAAAAAGAAACUUUUUUUUUUAAAUAUUAAAUUUAAAUCGUAAAACUAUGCUGUAUUGAUUCAAAAUCUGAUUGAACAGCAUUUCUUUUAAAGCAAAAAAUAAGAAGUUGGUAGAUUUAAAGAUCAUUUGAGUACCAGGAAGUUAAUCUGAAACUGUUUUUAUCAGUAAUUAAAUGGAUUUUCCAAACAUAACAGAGAAAUCUGCUCAGAAUUGACAACUUUUCUUGGUGCUGAGUGAUGGAAAGCUUUCUUUUUCUACAGUUUGUGGAGGAAGCUUAAUUUAUAGUCCUGUGGUGAAUCAGCCUAUGCUAAAAA